CACAUUCGUGUCCUUUUCGACACAGCACGACGGAACGCGGCCGCUCGACCACAUGUGUUCAGCCGCAUAAAACUUCAAAGAACUCGUGAAAAUAUCUGCCGGUUUAACCGAGUUUCAUGGAAGAUUCCGGUGAGUCAAUGACCGGGAUGUUGGACUCGAAAUCCCCGGAAAGCGGGGACUCUCCUGCUAUGGAGGGCACAACGGGGACUGAUGAUGUCACAGGCUUGAGCACGUCCGAUUUGACGACAGAACAACCCCCAGAAAGCCAGGAGCAGACCCAGCCGGUGUCCGACAUGGAGUUUUCGGUGGAGCAUUUAAAGACUGCGGUACAGAACAUUGACCAAAGUGCCAGUCCUGCAGAACCUGCUGCGGAAAACUCUGAGCAGCCGCCAGAGUCAAACGGACAGCAAGAGGACCAAUCAGAACAGCCGGAUGAUGUGAAGGAGGCGGGACAAGGUGACUCUGAGAGUCCCUCCAAUAUGGAGCUGGAGGACGCGCCGAAAGAGCCAGCCGAACCCGCAGCAGAAGCAGAUCCAGCGGCGCCACAAGAACCAGAACUUCCCACAGAAUAUGAGCGUUUGUCCAAGGUUGUGGAAGAUAAUCCUGAAGACUUCAAUGGCUGGGUUUACCUCCUGCAGUAUGUUGAACAAGAGAACCACCUUCUUGGCUCAAGAAAAGCAUUCGAUGCAUUUUUCCUGCACUAUCCCUACUGUUACGGCUACUGGAAGAAAUAUGCAGAUAUCGAGAGGAAACACGGCUACAUUCAGAUGGCCGAUGAGGUGUACCGUCGAGGUCUGCAGGCCAUUCCUCUGAGCGUCGACCUGUGGCUUCAUUACAUCACUUUCCUAAGAGAGAAUCAAGACACCAGCGAUGGAGAGGCUGAGAGUCGCAUCAGGGCGUCCUAUGAGCAUGCAGUUCUGGCCUGCGGGACAGAUUUCCGCUCGGACCGUCUGUGGGAGGCUUAUAUCGCAUGGGAGACGGAGCAAGGGAAGCUGGCCAAUGUCACCGCCAUCUACGACCGUCUGCUCUGCAUUCCCACACAGCUGUACUCGCAGCAUUUCCAGAAGUUUAAAGACCACGUGCAGAGCAACAACCCCAAGCACUUCCUGUCAGAAGAGGAGUUCGUGUCGUUGCGAGUGGAGCUGGCGAAUGCAAAUAAACCCAGCGGAGACGAGGACGCAGAGACUGAAGCUCCUGGGGAAGAACUGCCGCCAGGCACCGAGGACCUGCCAGACCCUGCUAAGAGAGUGACGGAGAUCGAGAACAUGCGGCACAAAGUGAUCGAGACGCGCCAGGAGAUGUUCAACCACAACGAGCACGAAGUCAGCAAACGCUGGGCCUUCGAGGAGGGGAUCAAGCGUCCGUAUUUCCACGUCAAAGCGCUGGAGAAGACGCAGCUGAACAACUGGCGGGAGUACCUGGAUUUUGAGCUGGAGAACGGGACGCCGGAGCGGGUAGUGGUGCUGUUCGAGCGCUGUCUGAUCGCCUGCGCGCUCUACGAGGAGUUCUGGAUCAAGUACGCCAAGUAUCUGGAGAGCUACAGCACUGAAGCUGUUCGCCACAUCUACAAGAAGGCCUGCACCGUCCACCUGCCCAAAAAACCCAACGUUCACCUGCUCUGGGCCGCCUUUGAGGAGCAGCAGGGCAGCAUCGAUGAGGCACGCAGCAUCCUGAAGGCGGUGGAGGUUUCAGUGCCGGGUCUGGCGAUGGUUCGCCUGCGGCGGGUCAGUCUGGAGCGCCGGCACGGGAACAUGGAGGAGGCGGAAGCUCUGCUGCAGGACGCCAUCACCAACGGGAGGAACAGCAGCGAGUCCUCCUUCUACAGCGUCAAACUUGCCCGACAGCUAGUCAAAGUGCAGAAGAGCAUCGGCAGGGCCAAGAAGGUGCUGCUGGAGGCUGUGGAGAAAGAUGAGACGAACCCGAAGCUGUACCUGAAUCUGCUGGAGCUGGAGUACAGCGGAGACGUGCAGCAGAACGAAGCUGAAAUCAUCGCCUGUUUCGACCGCGCGCUCAGCAGCUCCAUGGCUCUGGAGUCACGCAUCACUUUCUCUCAACGAAAGGUGGACUUUCUGGAGGACUUCGGCAGCGACAUCAACACGCUGAUGGCAGCGUAUGAGCAGCACCAGAGGCUACUGGCGGAGCAGGAGUCCUUCAAGAGGAAAGCAGAGAACGGCUCAGAGGAGCCGGAUGCGAAGCGUCAGCGCACAGAUGAUCAAUCCGUAGCAUCCGGUCAGAUGAUGGACAUGCAGGCCAAUCAUGCGGGAUACAACUAUAACAACUGGUAUCAGUAUAACUCGUGGGGCUCUCAGAACUCCUGGGGUCAGUACGGUCAGUAUGGUCAGUAUAACCAGUACUACCCUCCGCCGCCCACAUAACAGCCCAGCCUCGGCUUCAGCUUCAGACAUUGUGUGUUUUCUGUUCUCCGCGCCUCCCUCAGUGAGUCUUUUAGUGCUAAAGGAGUUUAGUUUUGUUCGUCUGGAAGGAUUGGAGCUCCUCGCCUCCUCCUCAAACUCACCUUCAUUUCAGAGUAACAUCAAGACGCUUUUUUAUUUUGACUGGGUUUCAUAAUAAAGAGAUUGACAUCCUA